AUGGUCAAAUCCAGAGGCGAGCUCUGCCCUCGGAAGGCCAGCUGGCUGGCUUUUGGGAUUGCAGCCUGCGCCAUUGUGGCAUCGGCGACGAACCCAGAAGCCGGAGUCUCAUUAGAGACUACAACCACCACCGUUCCUAGCCAGAUUCUCGCUCUCAGCAAUUGGAUCAAGAAGCUGAAGGUAUUCAUUGAAUUCGCAAAUCAUGCACCUCAUUCUUCUGACGGGGCCUCCUCAUUUACGACUCUAUUAGCUGCACGAGCGUACAAACAAGCUCUCGCGACACUCUCCGCCUUGAAACCACACCCGUCACAAUACGUAUUCGAUGCUUCGCUGGCUGCAGGGAACUCAAAUACGAAAUCCAUCUUUAACUCAUUCCUCCCCAACUUACAAGGUCAAGGACCUAUUGGGAGUGCCGUUCGUAUCAUCCUCAAGCUACACCACUUUGCGACAUCCGCAUUCGGGCAGGAGCGGUUAGGUUUGGGCGGUUCGGGCAAGAAGAAGAAAGAUGAGGAGCUGAGGGGGAAAUCCAUCAAAGUCAUGGACUUGCUGCAGCAUUCGGCUGAGCUGGGGAAUUUGGACGCACUUUAUACCUUGGCUAUGGUCUCCUUGUUCCCGCCCAACCAGUACUUCAAACAUGAUCCUCAGUUGGCUUAUACAUCACUCUCGACUCAUGCAUCCAUCACCGGAAACGCGUCUGCUCAAGCUUAUCUCGCUUUCUUCCAUGCCUCGGGCUACCGCAGCAUAGUCCCCGCCGACCAAGCAAAGGCACAACUUUACUACACGUUUGCAGCAAACGGCGGUGACAAGGGAGCACAAAUGGCCCUAGGGUACAGAUAUUGGAGUGGUAUCGGGACGCAAGACAGCUGCGACAAAGCUCUACUCUGGUACGGUUACGCCGCUGAACAGGCUAUGGCAAAGUUCCUCUCUGGACCUCCCGGUGGAAGGACCCUCCCACAAACUGCAACGCGUCUUUCCGACUUGGUUGGUGGAAUUUAUGGACCCGGUGCUAGUGUUGCAUCGACGGGUAUCAAUGGCCUUCGACCUGCCAUCAAAGCAGGUUUGGCGCAAGCAGCUGGAGAGACCUGGGAAGACGUUUUAGAGUACUACCUGUUCAAUGCCGAUCGCGGUGAAAUCGACUUUGCGUACCGACUUGGCAAGAUCUUCUACCAAGGCAGUAUUUAUGCGUCUGCAGGUGGAAUCUCGUCCGGAAGUGAAGGUGUUGGUACCAUUCCUCGGAACUACAGGCGUGCCCGACACUACUUCCUGUCUAUCGCGCGCCAAGUGUGGCCGAAUGACCCGCCGUCCACAGCCCAGGCCAAAGAGAGCGAAAACAAGCCAGUUGGAUAUGCCGCCGCCAGUGCUGCCUACUUGGGACGCAUGUAUCUUCGUGGCGAAGGUGUCAAACAAGACCCCAUCCUUGCCAAAGCAUGGUUUGAACGAGGUGCUGCCCUUGGCGAGCGCGAAUGCCAGAACGGGUUAGGCAUCAUCUAUCGAGACGCGUUGGUACCUGGGAGCAGACCUGAUAUCAAGAGGGCCAACAAUUACUUCAAAGUGGCUGCGACGCAAGACCUCCCAGAAGCCCAGGUGAACCUGGGGAAGUAUCACUACAACCGCGGUGAAAUAGCUAUUGCAGUGGCAUAUUUUGAGAAUGCCGUCCGCAACGGAGCGCCUUUCGAAGCAUACUACUACUUGGCGGAGAUACAGGCAUCGCAAGCUACGAAUCCCAACGUACCGAAACAUGUGUCUUCCGGCUCAUGCGCUAUGGCUGUCUCAUUCUACAAAAUAGUGGCAGAACGCGGUGUAUGGGACGAUGACCUUCUCCGAGAGGCGGAGAUGGCGUGGAUGGCUGGGACUGACGAAGAUCAAGAAGUCGCCAUGCUCAAAUGGUGGUUGGCCGCCGAACGGGGCCUGGAAGUCGCCCAAAACAACUUGGGCUACGUCCUUGACCAAGACAAGAGUAUCUUGCGUCUCACUCGGUUCUCGCCUAUGACCCCUUCAAAUGACACCGCCAGCCUCGCCUUGACUCAAUGGAUUCGAGCAGCAGGUCAACGGAAUAUCGAUGCUCUGGUAAAGGUUGGCGAUUACUACUAUCAUGGCUUGGGCGUAUCAAGCCAAGAGUCGGAGCAGAGUCGACUAGAAAAGGCGGCAAGGUACUACCAGUCGGCUGCUGACACACAGAUGAGUGCCCUUGCGAUGUGGAACCUUGGGUGGAUGUAUGAAAACGGCAUCGGCGUGCCUCAGGACUUCCAUCUUGCAAAACGGCACUAUGACUUGGCUUUGGAGACCAACUCGGAAGCGUAUCUCCCUGUGAUGCUUUCGCUGGUGAAAUUGUACGCCCGGAGUAUAUGGCACACCCUGAUGGGAGGCAGCGGAGGGCUGAGCAUCUGGAGCCCUGACCCGCCCGAUACCGAUGAUACGAAGAAGCGCCAGGCAUUGAUGGACGCCAAGAAGGCGAAGGUCAAGAAGCUGCCUAUCGUGAGGACGAUGAUGGGCCUUGGUAUUUUGGUCGUGCUCGAGAAGAAUUCCACCGCCGAAGAGCCAACCGUGUUCCUCCAGGUGAAGAAGAUCCUAUUCAGAGAGAGGAGAGAUGCAGAACGGGAGCGAGACAGCGACUUCGGCCCGGAGGAUUACUUUGAAGGGGCCUUGAGAGGCGGAAGGGUGGAAGACGGUGGGGUAGACGAAUUUGCAGAGACCAUGUUGCUGGUCUUGCUCUGCUUGGUGAUCUCCGUACUUCUUUACAUUCGGACACGUAUCGUGGAGCGUAUGCGUCGGGACCAACAACAGGAAGACAACAACCAGCGGAACCGCAACGCUGGGAACCCUGAUGGUGUCUUCCCUCCUCCUGGGGAUCCUGCGCGUGCUGACUGGGCUAUUCUACGAUGA